AUGGGGCACGUAACUGAUGAAUUGGGAGAGAAUGAUGAAUUGGGAGAGAAUGAUGAAUUGGGAGAGAAUGAUGAAUUGGGAGAGAGUGAUGAAUUGGGAGAGAAUGAUGAAUUGGGAGAGAAUGAUGAAUUGGGAGAGAGUGAUGAAUUGGGAGAGAAUGAUGAAUUGGGAGAGAAUGAUGAAUUGGGAGAGAAUGAUGAAUUGGGAGAGAGUGAUGAAUUGGGAGAGAGUGAUGAAUUGGGAGAGAGUGAUGAAUUGAAGGAGCAAUUGAAGGAGCAUGAUGAACUAAGAGAGGUGAAUCAGUAG